AUGGCGGCUAUUGAGGAGGAGGUGGGAGCGGCCCCUUGCAGCGGCCGGAGGAUGAAGGCGAGGGCGGCGGCCUGGGUCCUUCGCGGGAUCGUCUUGUGCGCCUUGGCGCCCGAUUCAGGCUGGUGCAACUCUGUGGAGAAGAAAAUCUACAUCCCACUCAAUAGAACAGCCACCUGCGUCCGUCUCCUGAAUGCCACUCAUCAGAUAGGCUGCCAGUCCUCCAUGAAUGGAGACACCGGAGUCAUUCACGUGGCAGAGAAGGAAUCUGACCUGAAGUGGGUGCUGUCGGAUGGCCGCCACCCCCCUUACAUGGUCCUGCUGGAUGGGAAGCUUUUUACAGGACAGGUGAUGGAGAAGCUGAAGGGCAGCUCUCGGAUUGCGGGCGUGGCCGUGGCCAUCUCCAAGGGCAGCCCGGCAGAAGGUUUUUCUCCCGGUCUUCAGUGUCCCAAUGAUGGUUACGGCGUCUACAACAGCAGCUACGGCCCAGAAUACGCCCACUGCAGCGUGACCAAGUGGAAUUAUCUGGGGAACAGCCUCUCCUACCUGGACUUCGGCUUCCCCAUCUUCCUUCUUCAAAACGAAACCGAAACCAAGGUUAUCAAGCAGUGCUACCAGACGUACAACACGCCUCAGAACGGCUCCGGGCCAGAAUACCCGCUCUGCGCCAUGCAGCUGUCCUCCCACAUGCACGCCGUCACCAGCACCGUCACCUGCAUGCGCCGCAGCAUCAUUCAGAGCACCUUCAGUCUCAACCCAGAGGUGGUCUGCGAUCCUCUCGCCGAUUAUAACGUCUGGAGCACGGUGCGGCCGCUCAACGAUUCGGAGAAGCUGGAUCCUAAAAGUGUCGUCAUUGCUUCCUCUCGAAUUGACAGCCACUCUUUUUUCUGGAAUGUGGCCCCCGGGGCGGAGAGCGCCGUGGCUUCCUUUGUCACCCUCCUCGCUGCAGCUGAAGCCGUCCAUAAAAUCCCCGAUGUUCAGUCGCUGCCCAAAAACAUCAUGUUUGCCUUCUUCCAGGGGGAGAACUUUGACUACAUCGGCAGCUCCCGCAUGGUGUACGACAUGCAGAACGACCGGUUUCCCAUCAAGCUGGAGAACAUCGAUUCCUUCCUGGAGCUGAGCCAGGUCUCUCUGCGGUGCUCAGCGCCACUCUGGGUGGGCCGAUGCCCUCUGUCUCGGCACGAUGCCCUCAGGGUGCCCAUUUUGCAAAACAUCCAAAAGAUGAUGGAAGCCUUGAACAAGAGCAGCGAAAAUACCAGCGUGGUGAUGAGUGAAAUCGGAGUCAGCCAGCCGCUCCCGCCUUCCUCCUUCCAGCGGUUCCUGAGGGUCCAGCAGAUCCCCGGGGUGGUCCUGGCUGACCACUAUUCCCACUUCGAGAACAGGUACUACCAGAGCAUCUACGACACCCCCGAGAACAUCCGGCUGAACUAUUCCGGGCUGACCCCAGAGGAGGCCCUGAAUCACGUGACGGACACAGCUAAGUCCUUAGCUGCAGUAGCCACCGUGGUGGGCCGCACGCUCUACAAGAUGGCCGGAGGAGGGGGCAACGCCUCGUCAAUUCAGGCGGAUCCAUUAACGGUCACGCGCAUGUUGUAUGGUUUCCUGAUCCAGUCCAACAACUCCUGGUUCCAGGCCAUCACUAAGCCAGAUUUCAAAGGGCCUCUGGGCGAUGAGCCCCUCCAGUACUACAUCGCGGUCUCCAGUCCUGUCAACUCCACCAGCCUGGUCCAGUCUGUCUUGGCCAACCUGACUGGGACCCGCCUCGGGGACAACAUCACCAAGGAGCAUUGCAGAGCCUCCAAGGAAGACUUGUAUGACUACAUGUGGGUUCAGGGCUCCCCGUACCCCAACGCCAGCUCUCCCCGCAAGCCCUUCUGCGUCAGGCUGACUGUCCGCCGCACGCCAGCCUCCUCCCCGGCCUUCGAGCUCCGAGAGUGGGGCUCCACCGAGUUUUCCACCUGGACGGAGAGUCGCUGGAAGGAGCUUCACGGACGGAUCUUCUUGGUCGCCAGCAAAGAGCUGGAGAUCAUCACCCUGGUGCUGGGCCUCGUUAUCCUCAUUGUCUCAUUCGUGGCCACCUAUUUCAUCAACGCCAAAGCCCACGUGCUUUUUUCCACGCCAGGAGACUCUGAAACAGUGGCCUAUUGAAACCCGGUGCCGGGAACUCUAGCGCUACGAAGAAGAAAGGAAGAAAAUGAAUGAAUUUGGCACUGCCGGACCCUUUCUUUGAUUACCGCAGAGUGGGGGACUAGAAGGAACACGUUGAUCAUCACCCCAUUGAGAGAGACACACUGUGGGUGUACCAAAACACAAUGCUGGCAGGAACAGAUUGAUUUGGAGGGGGGGCAGUUUGUUGGGUCUCUCAGACCCUUCUCUAUCCAGCAGCCCGGAACAAAUGGGGCACAGAGCACGGGGGUCCCGGCGCCCUCUUGCGAGCGGCCAAGAGUUGGCCAUCAAAGGAGACUCUGCGGAGCAUUUGUGGACCUUCAACCUUGUAGUUCUCCCUUUUUUUUUUUUUUUUUUAAUUUUGAAGGUCUGGAUGAAUUUGCUCGACUCUUUCGAUUUACAUAGAUCAAGGUGAAAAAAAAACGAGGGAUGCAGGAAAGUUGGAAACGGGUGUAAACUAUCCUUUUUUUAAAAAAAAGAAAAUAUGGGUUCUGUUUUUUGUACAUACGAUAUAAAUAGCCUGUUUUAAUUGAAAACCAUCGCCACCAACACCACUCCUUAACUUACAGAUUAAAUUUGUUGAUCCUGC